CCGGUUCCGCCGCCCUCUUUCUUCUCAACGAGGCGGCGGAGUGCGUUGGUUGUGGCGUCCGUGCGGGUUCGCUUUGGGCCUGGGUCAAGCGGGAGGCAACGGGGGACCCGGGGACAGCGGAGGGGGCGGCUGAGCUUCCCCAGCAGACGCAGAGAUGCAGAUCUUUGUGAAGACCCUGACUGGCAAGACCAUCACCCUUGAGGUUGAGCCGAGUGACACCAUUGAGAAUGUCAAAGCUAAAAUCCAAGACAAGGAGGGCAUCCCGCCUGACCAGCAGCGACUGAUUUUUGCGGGCAAACAGCUGGAGGAUGGCCGCACUCUCUCAGACUACAACAUUCAGAAAGAGUCCACACUGCACUUGGUGCUUCGUCUGCGUGGUGGCAUCAUCGAGCCCUCCCUCCGCCAGCUCGCCCAGAAGUACAACUGUGACAAGAUGAUCUGCCGCAAGUGUUAUGCCCGCCUGCACCCCCGUGCUGUCAACUGCCGCAAGAAGAAGUGUGGCCACACCAACAACCUGCGCCCCAAGAAGAAGGUUAAAUAAGGCCCCUCCAUCACCUCCUCUGGCCUAUAGGGCAGUCUUCUGCCUAAUCCCUGUGACCCUGGGGCCUCAAUAAAGUUUCCCUUUCAUUGA